CACCACAGUCAUACAUUAUAUUUGUAUUGUUUUUAACUUCUUAAGAAGGUAGUCUGUGGGAAAGCUACAUUACCGUGCGCUAACGUUAUGUGGGAUUCGGCUAAAAACACCGGGUAAAGUUUGGACUAACUCACCCUUUAGUCCUUCAGUAUUGGCGUGGUUUAUGGACAAGCAGCACAUUUAGCAACUGCUGCUCGUAAUUAUUAUUAUUCCACUAUUUAUGAUGCCACUAUAAAGACAUAAAUUGCAAAAUUACGACCCGAGUAAGGAGCGAGAAAAGCUGCAGAUGUGCUGUUUGUGUGGUCACUGUGUCUGUAGUGUUGCCUGUUGGUUUACUAAUGAAGUGUGCAACAUUGCAAAGAAGUAAAGGACUCUAUUAAGAGCACAGCCUGUGAAAGAGGAAACCACUGAGCAGCAGAGUUUCUUCAAUGUGAACACCAAUUGGAUAUAUUCAACGUUGACCUGACCAUAAACCAGGGGUCCCCAAACUUUUUGAUCUCUGAGGGAAGAGAGUUGGUCUUUGAGAAGAUAACAUGUGCUGGUAUUAUCGUGGAGAUGGAUUUUAUCCCAGGAGAUUAAAUCCAUUUUUUGAAGCUCUUGACAGAUGAGACAAACAGCCUUUUCUUUGCAUUUAACAAAAAAAAAAAAUCAUUAGUCCACUGUUGGUUAAAUACCCUGAAUUCUGAAUCAAAUUCUCUUCCCUAACAUGUGAGUUAAUAAUGAUAAAAGUUCUCAGCUAAAGAACAUUUUAUUUAAAAUGCUAAACUUUUAUAGGCCUGACAAAAACAAAAAUAUAUAUAUAUUACAAUUUUGAUUUUUAAAAUGCAUUCUGAAUUGUUCUGAGGGCCGGGCCAAAUAUGGGGAGGGGACGUAGUUUGGGGACCCCUGCCGUAAACAGUGAAUUAGAAAAAAUGUUUCAUGAUUGUCCCCUUCUGGCUUUGGAAUAACAUUUAUCAGAAAUUGUCUCUAUUUUUUUCUGAUAGCUUGGAGGACCACAGCCUCCGUACAUGGGGUGCGACCUCACUCCUAGGCCGUCUGCAGCCCCGAGAUCAGAGUUUGUACGCAUACAUCUCCAAAGUAGAAGUCCGCCUUACAAAUUCAGUAAAAAAAUGAAUCUGACUGAUUGCAAUGGCAACAGAAGUCCAGCUCAGAAAAAAGCAAAGCCUUCCACCAAAUCCAUUAAACGCAAGAGUUUGAAGCCAACAAGCAUGUCAAGGGUCAGAGCUCGGGUCGAGGUUGGAUCGGCAUUUGAAAGGUGGAUUGCUCUGAAAAAAGCAAAGGGAUUGAAAUCUAACCAAGAAGUGGCUGCAUGUCUUCUGGAUGCCAUGGAGAGCACGCCCUCCGGUUCAGCCUCCUCUGGAUCCAGUAAUGGGAAAAUGAAAUUCUCCCAGUUGGAACUGCAGGCACUAGUCGAGCAGGAGGUUCACAGGGCAGUAACAAAGAAAGAAAGCAAACUACAGGGUUGGAUCGAGACUCUGCUAGAGCUGGAGCGUUGCAUCGACUUUGAAGGCUCCGUCCAGAAACUGGAGGCUAAAAUUAACACCUUAACCACGAGGGCAGAAGCAGCUAUUGCCCACAUGUCGACGACGGAGGAAAAGAGCGCACUUUCAUCCCUCUUAAAUGUGGGAACCAUCAGGUCGAACUCUGCGGAUGAGCAAAUGGAAACCGUGUCACAAAUGCACAGGAAAAGCUCCGGUGAGACGGCCAAGAGACAAAAGCACCUUGAAAUUAAGGUAAAAGCACAAAGGGCCCUGGAGGAGAUCCAUUCAGAGAAGGAAGCUUUGAUGGCUGCCAUGGCAGAUUUAAGAGAAGACGAGCUUCCUCCUACAGUUCACACUCCUUUUAGCUCCUUUCUGUGUAAGAAAGACGAAGAUGUGGACCAUUUCGAGGAGACCUUUCAGUUUGAGGAUCAGAAAGCCGAGACGGUGAAACUGGAAUGCCUCUCUGCAGGCAAUUCAAAAAGUUCCACGCACGCAGUCUCAGAACAGGACAACCUCCGGUAUCCCCCUCUUCCUGCCACCACUUUCCCCUCCGUCCUGAACAUGGAAGCGGCCUCAUUCAACAUCCCCCAGCAAGUAAAAGUACGUCUGGCGCUCAUCAGGAAACCUCCCGGCCUCUCUGUGCUGUGGAACGUGCAGCCGGAAGACCCGUGCGCGCCGCCCAUGCAAAGUUACAAAAUCUACAUCACCAUGGAAAAAGGGAAGGGCAGCGGCAGCUUCGGUGAAUGGAACAUCCUCGGGGAAGUGAAAGCAGACCGUCUGCCUAUGUGUGUGCUCAUCAGCAAGUACAAGCCCGGACACAAGCUGUGUGUGGCUGUGGUAGGCAAGGACAAGUUCAGCAGGUACGGACCGUACAGUGAAGUGGUGACUGCCGCCGUACCUGAGUAAGUGACUGGAGGAAAGGGGGGGGGGGAUAUAGAGAGAUACUUUUCAGGUGCUAUUACCCCUCGUACAUGUUCAUACUACCUCAUUACUACGUUUAUUCAAAUAUUGAAGAACUAUUUCCUAACUCAAGGUCAGUAAAAACAUUUUGUGUGGGGGGGGCUGUUUGUUGAAGUAACAAUAAAACUGAAUGUAUGGGACCAAAUGUAAAUCACAGGCUGGUCAAUGCUAUGACCAGCCUGUUACAGUUUCGUUCUCUGUUGAUUUGUCUGUCAGUGAUUCAGUUAUCAUUAAAAGUGUUCAUAUUCGUG